UGUCAGGGCCCCCAGCAAAUCUAUCAUUGAUAGUCAGAGGCCGGAGUCCCCAAGAUGAACUCUAGUUUCGAUCUGUCCAGGCGAAAUCCGCAAGAGGAUUUCGAGCUUAUCCAGAGGAUAGGCAGCGGGACCUACGGGGAUGUUUACAAGGCCCGUAAUGUCACUACAGGAGAGCUGGCUGCGAUCAAGGUCAUUAAACUGGAGCCAGGCGAGGACUUUGCAGUGGUUCAGCAGGAAAUAAUCAUGAUGAAAGACUGCAAGCACUCUAACAUUGUGGCCUAUUUCGGUAGUUACUUAAGGAGGGAUAAAUUAUGGAUAUGUAUGGAAUACUGUGGGGGAGGUUCACUGCAAGACAUAUAUCAUGUUACUGGGCCACUAACAGAAUCACAGAUAGCAUAUGUAACAAGAGAAACCCUUCAGGGUUUAUUUUACCUACACAGCAAAGGAAAGAUGCACAGAGACAUAAAGGGCGCCAAUAUUUUAUUUACAGACAAUGGCUACGUCAAGCUAGCUGAUUUUGGUGUGUCUGCACAGAUCACAGCAACACUAGCUAAAAGAAAAUCCUUCAUCGGGACUCCUUAUUGGAUGGCCCCAGAGGUGGCCGCCGUGGAGAGGAAAGGAGGAUACAAUCACCUGUGUGACAUCUGGGCUGUGGGCAUCACCGCCAUUGAACUAGCCGAACUGCAACCUCCCAUGUUUGACCUUCAUCCAAUGAGGGCUCUGUUUCUGAUGACGAAAAGCAACUUUCAACCCCCCAAAUUAAAAGACAAAGUUAAAUGGACCAAUAAUUUCCACAAUUUUGUGAAGCUGGCUUUAACGAAAAAUCCAAAGAAACGGCCACCAGCUGACAAGUUAUUGCAGCAUCCCUUUGUGUCCCAGCCAUUAAGUCGAAUUUUGGCGAUUGAGCUGCUGGAUAAAGCGAACAACCCCGAUCACUCGUCCUACACAGACCUGGAUGAUGACGACCCAGAGCCGGAGUUUAAAUACAGAGGGUUGUUUUUACCAGUCUCUCCUCUCUCCCGGCGAAUCCUUCACUUUGCAGCUCGCAGAAAGCCUGCAGUGUCUGUUCCACAUCGGAUUCGCUCAGCAAGCCGUGCCAGUCGGGAAGGGAAGACUCUGUCAGAGAUUAACUUCGGUCAGGUGAAGUUUGACCCUCCUAUAACAACAGAGACAAAACCACAUCAUGAACCGCCCGACACUGAUGAUUUUUUGGACUGUGCCGAAGAAAUAUACUACACUGCAAGAUCUAAUCUGGAUUUACAGAUGGAUUAUGGGCAGGAAUCCCCUAAAGGCUCCAUCCUGGGAGGAAAUAAAAGCCUCUUGAAAUCUGUUGAAGAGGAGCUGCAUCAGAGGGGGCAUGAGGCUCAUUUGGAGGAUGAUGAUGAUGGUGAUGAUCUUGAUGAUGAAUUGCAACACACGAAAAGCUCCACUAUGAGGCCACCGCCACCGCUUCCUCCCAAACCAAAGCCCAGUCCCGGACCGCAUCAAAGCCCCUCCGGUGAUUAUGAUGGUAACCAGGACACUAUAAAGCGCUGCCCGGAGCCCGAAAGCCCUGCUCGAUCAUCCACCAACAUACCCCCUCGACCUCCACCUCCUCGACUGCCCGCAAACCAGCUCAAUAGUUUAGGUAAUGAGACCAAUCGGGAAGAACAUGGCCCGUGGGAAACCAAGGGGGAAGCUGGGAUAUGUAGUCUGUUCGACGAGAGACUGCAGGUCUUGUUUGAUGAAGAGGAAGAUCGUGAUGAGGAAGGAGACAGCAAUGGAAUGAGCCCGUCUGAACACUCGCCCUCAACAGAGAGACAGUCCACAAUGCCCCCUGCUGUUCCUGUAACAAAGGACAAGAAAGAUUUCCCAAAACCCAUCAGCAAUGGUCUCCCACCAACCCCAAAGGUUCAUAUGGGAGCAUGUUUCUCAAAAGUCUUCAAUGGCUGCCCAUUAAAAAUACACUGUGCUACCUCAUGGAUCAACCCAGGCACACGAGACCAGUAUCUGAUAUUUGGAGCAGAGGAAGGUAUUUACACAUUAAACCUUAAUGAGCUGCACGAGACGUCCAUGGAACAGCUUUUCCCCAGGAGAUGUACUUGGCUGUAUGUCAUGAGCAACAGCCUGCUAUCAAUAUCCGGAAAAGCAUGUCAUCUGUACUCUCACAGUCUGAUGGGCCUAUUUGAACAUGCUCGACAAAUGCAGAAACUCCCUGUUGCCAUACCCACACAUAAAUUACCUGACAAAAUAAUCCCCAGGAAAUUCUCAGUAUCCACUAAGAUCCCUGAAACAAGAGGGUGUCAGAAGUGCUGUGUUGUGAGGAAUCCGUAUACUGGUCACAAGUAUCUGUGCGGUGCCUUUCAGUCCAGUGUUGUCCUGUUUGAGUGGGUGGAGUCCAUGCAGAAAUUCAUGUUGGUCAAGAGCAUAGACUUCCCCCUGCCGUGUCCGCUGGAGGUGUUUGAGAUGCUGGUGGUCCCAGAACAUCAGUAUCCUCUCAUCUGCAUAGCUGUGAGCAAAGGGACGGAGCUCAACCAGGUGGUCCAUUUCGAGACCCUCAACCCAAACUCUACCUCCAACUGGUUUGAUUCUGAUACCCCACAGAGCUGCGUGAUCCAUGUGACCCAACUGGAGAGAGAUACCAUUUUAGUCUGCUUAGAUCGGUGCAUUAAGAUUGUAAAUUUGCAAGGUCGGUUGAAGUCCAGUCGAAAACUCUCAGCAGAACUGACUUUUAACUUCCAGAUUGAAUCAAUAGUUUGCCUUCAAGACAGUGUGUUGGCCUUCUGGAGGCAUGGCAUGCAAGGACGCAGCUUCAAGUCCAAUGAGAUUACACAGGAGAUUUCUGACAGCUCCAGGAUAUUCAGGCUGCUAGGUUCAGACAGAGUGGUGGUUUUGGAAAGCCGACCAACAGACAACCCCACAGCACACAGCAAUCUCUACAUCCUCGCAGGCCACGAAAACAGCUACUGACCGCAGUACAACACUACAUGUUUUCCAAGAGCCUUUCAUUUCAUGUAGCCCGAUGAGAUGGCCACGUCUCAGAAGAACCACAGAUAUGCUGUUGCUGAACUGCUGGAAGCACAGAGGAACACUUGAAUGACUAUAAAGAUCUCAGAGUAGAGAGAAGACGGGCCGUAACCACAUGAUAUACUACACUACUACAGUAUGCACUUUCACCCUUACCUGUUUUAGAGGCCUUUUUUUUUGUUUGGCUUCUAGCAGUUUUAAUUUAUCUUUUACCUGAAAAACACACAAACACAUGCUCUUUUUUCCCCCAAGAUAGACUGUUUUGUUUUGUUUUGUUUUGUCUUGUCUUGUCUUGUUUUGUUUGUUUGUUUUUUUUUGUUGUUUUUUUUUGGGCUUUGUUUUGUUUUGUCUUGUCUUGUCUUGUCUUGUUUUGUUUUGUUUUGCUUUGUUUUUGUUUUUUUUGGUUUUGGGUUUUGUUUUGUCCACUACUCACAUUUGACGCUAACCACACAAGUGCUUGAAGACACGUAUUUAAUUCAUGUACAUACAGACAGUAUUAAGACAUACUCUUUGUAUUGGUUGUGUAGAUAUCAGCAGAUUUAUGUUGUACAGGUUUGUGGCAGCAUUGGCUGUUGUAAAGGACUGAGAGAUGCUGGGUACUACUUUAAAUGACCUCUAGGGCCAGAUCACUUUUGUUAUAUGCAAUAGUUUAGGAACCACAAAGCUGAAGUGCCCAUCUUUCGAAGACUUGCCUUCUUAAUAUUGCUGUUUUUAUUUGUUUGAUUUUAUUGUAUAACCUAAUCCUUUUUCUAUAUAUAAAGCCAAAUGGUGUUUUUAUCGAGCAACUUUUAAUUCAGUGGCCCUUGAAUUAAUUGUUUUUAACUCUGCGGUAUGCACUCACUCAAUUUGCACAAGGUUAUUAAAAUGUUGAUGUGUACUUUAUCUGUAGGGUGUAUGUUUAAAACCAUGCCUGUAAUAACAUGUAUACAGUAGAUAUAUACACACUUUUUGUAAAUGUGUACAUGUAUAACCCUGAUAAGCAAUAAAUCAUCAGGAUGUCCCUUACAUGGUUUUAAAUCAAUCAGACUGAAAGGCUGAUGAUAUACUGGGCAACUUUUUGAACAUUGUUGCUGUCAGCGGGCAAACAGGUGAAACACAGGACUCAAAUCUGAAGUAUCCAGAUAGAAAUGUGUUACCCAUUCUCAGUGAGAAAGUGCCAAGUAAACAGUGCUGACAAAAAAGUUGCCCCAUCAGCGUGUCAUAGCAUCACAGGUUUGUUAUGUGGAUGACAUCACUGUCUACAUCAGUUGUGUGUUUGUAAUUUGAGUGCUGUACACACCAUCUAGAUGAUGUUGAAAUUUGUAAAUUGCUGUAAACGUUCAGCAACAUGGACUGGCAUAAUUAUCUAAAGUUCUAUUAUAAGAAAAUAAAUACAUACUCGCUAAUUUCUCUAGCUUCUUUAUCCGUGAUUGACAUGGUAAUACGAUUACGGAAUUAAUUUUCGUUUUUGUGUCUAUGUACAUACUGUAAAAUAAAAUCACAUGGUUUUGCAUACUGAAA